GUCCAGCCCACCAGCCUGAGGCCCGGCCAGGAGGGAGAGUACCAUGGAUGGCGUGAUUGAACAGAACAGUGUGCUGGUGCACAGUAAAAUCUGUGACGCUGGCAAGAGGAAUGGCUUAAUUAACACCAGAAACUUCAUGGCCGAAAGCAGAGAUGGGCUGGUGUCUGUUUACCCGGCACCCCAGUACCAGAGCCGCCGGGUGGUGGCCAGCACCAUGCCAGCCGUCCUGGAUGGCAGUAGGAAUGAACCAGUGCAGCAGCUGCUGGACCCCAACACCCUGCAGCAGUCAGUGGAGUCCCACUACCGUCCCAACAUCAUCCUGUACUCGGAGGGUGUGCUGCGCUCCUGGGGGGAUGGCAUGGCCACCGACUGCUGUGAGACCACCUUCAUUGAGGACCGGUCCCCCACCAAAGACAGCCUGGAGUACCCUGAUGGGAAGUUCAUUGACCUCUCCACAGAUGACAUCAAAAUCCACACCCUGUCCUAUGAUGUGGAGGAGGAGGAGGAAUUCCAGGAGCUGGAGAGCGACUACUCCAGUGACACAGAGAGCGAGGACAACUUCCUUAUGAUGCCCCCACGUGACCACCUGGGUCUCAGCGUCUUCUCCAUGCUCUGCUGCUUCUGGCCUCUAGGCAUCGCGGCCUUCUACUUGUCCCAUGAGACGAACAAAGCGGUGGCCAAGGGGGACUUCCACCAGGCCAGCACCAGCUCCCGGCGGGCCCUGUUCCUGGCCGUGCUGUCCAUCACCAUCGGAACCGGCAUCUACGUGGGCGUGGCCGUUGCCCUCAUCGCCUACCUCUCCAAGAACAACCACCUAUGAGCUCCUGGGGGCGGCGGGGAGGAGCCCGGGGCCAGGUCCCGUCAUGGAGGCGUGGAGCAGGAGGGCAGGCCGGGGCAGGCACGGCUGCAUGACGCUGUACAGUACAAACGACCGCCAAGCCACUCCAUGAAGCCCUGGAAUUUUCUACCCAUGGAUUUCUUUUGUUUUUACCCUUUAAUUUCAUUUUCACAGCACUGUGUAGAGCACCAGACAGAUGGGCAUGGCUAAUCCUUCCAAACGGGAGCCCCAAAGAUCCAGACCCAUGAGGCUGUCUCUGCAUGGAUUCUGGUGGAUUAAUGACGAUGCAGCUCUCUGUGCAGAAUGCCACUGCAUUAGCAAUAUACAAACAGUACAAAGUGUUUAUUUUUUAUGGAAUACGGUGCAAUCGGCAGAGGCAGGGGACACGUCACUCUGUCUGUGGCCCUGCUUGGCUCCUGUGUCUCCCAAUCUAUACACCUUCCCUGCAAGAAGAGAGUGGGCUGAGAAAGCAGAGAGAACAACUGCUGGAGGGACCCCCAGCUGUCCCUGGUUGCAGAUGGGUCCAGCCCUGAGAAGCAGAGCCAGAAGAGUGGGGGGUCUGUCCCCAAGCCACACUUCAUUCCUUCACACUUCUCAGAAUGUGUCCAAACUCAGUAGCUACCCUGCAACAAUAGGUAGUCCGAGACCUCUUUGAUUAGGAUGGGCAGGCAGGCCCCAGCCCCUCCCAAGACUCCUCAAGAAUGAGCCCAGCAUUUCUCCAGGAACUGAGGCAAUGGAGCUGUGAAGUCACAGGGGGGUGCUUCUCAAAUACCUGCCCCCACAGAUGCCCAACCUGGUCAUAACAAUGAUGCUAGUGAUCCCAGAAACGAGAUGGGCCUUACUCUGUCGACUAAAUGAAUAGCUAUUUUCUUGUCAUUUUUUAAAGUGCAACCCUUGCUUCAUGCUGCUUAAAUUAUCAGACGAAUGCUGAGAAAUAAGUGAUCACAGACAUUUUAAUACCAUUUCAUUGCUGUUUUACGAGUGUUCAUUACUUAAAAUUUAUCUUUUAGCUUUUA